ACCAACUCAUGGUUGCACUGUGUCUCCAUGAGAACAGUGCAUUCAAACAAUCUGUGUCUGUUACCAAAACAUCACAAGUGUCAUUAGAUGUACUAAAUGCGGCCAUUAAAGACUUGGUGCUGCGCAAGUAUCCAAACAUCACAAUGGUCCAUGUCUCAAACAAGGUGGCCAUCUCAGGUACAAGCUAUGCGCCAGGAAUGUUGCUGUGUUAUGGUUCAACUGGAGGUUUGCCUGACUUUGCUGAAGUUUCUCAGAUCAUCUUGGUUUUGGAUAGCAUAGUCUUUGUUGUCAAACUACUAAAUGGAUGGUACGAUGAGCACCUCAGGAGCUAUGAGCUAGAGUACACAGGCAACUUCCAAAUAAUUGAGCCGAAAGAACUACUUGAUUUCUAUCCCCUGGCUAUGUACACUAUUGCAGGACGACGAGUUGUUACCUUAAAACACCACAUCAACACCCCCUUUUAAAUAUGCAAUGGAUUUUUUUUUAUUUUAUUUUAUUUUUUUAAGGAUUUUAUUUUUUUCCAGUGUCUUCCUGCCUGCUCAGAUGUCCACCCCAGCAAAGCUACGGAUCAUUUUUGAUGAUCAUACAGUGCACAAAUUGCUUCUGCCAUCAGGUAUCCCCAGUACUCUACAGGAUCUCAAGCUUGUCAUCCAGAGCACAUUCAGCACUCCAGAUGGCUUUACUCUGAUGCAUCAAGAUGUGGAGUUUGGGGGUCAGUUCUUCACAUUGACGUCUAUAGAAGAUGUGCAAGACAUGGGUACCCUGAAAGUUGUCCAAGUUGAAGCAGUCAUUUUAAAUCUCAGCGCUGUGGAAGAAGAAGAUGACAACUUACCAGAAUCAGACGUCAUGUCAUCCACAUCUUUAGCAUCCCAGGACACCGUUUUGCUUUCUUUAUCAUCUGAUGAAAGUCCUGCAUCAUACCGUUCCCGACCAUGGCCAAGACAGUUCGAUAUUCCACCAUUUUCCUUUGAAAUUCAGCUCUUGCUGGAGGCAGGAAACCGAGCUUACAACGCCAAUGGAACUCUCUUAAACAACCCAAAAGUGACAAGAAGCGUUCUCGAGAAAUUAGCUGAGAUAAUGUUUCAAUACACAGCUUACCCAACAGGAAUCCAAGUGAUGCACGUAGUUGAGGCCUUGGCUGAGAAGUAUCCAUGCCUCAAAGAGCCAGGCUCAUUCAAUGGCAUGUAUGGAUGGCAACCAAGAAUCAAGUAUAAAAUGGCCAAUUAUCGGGCAAAAGUAAGAGGGCUCCAAAUUGCCUGUCCAGAGCUAGAGGUGAACUCUUCAAGAAAGAUGACUUCCCGUCCCAAAGGCCUCAAAAGACCCAAAAAGGCUGAAGUAAAUUAUUUGCCGCCAUUGCCACAUGGAGAAACAAAAGAAACAAUGGAAGAAGAGAGGGUGGUUCUACUCACAGAAGUGAAAAAGACCAACAACAACAAGAUUAUCAGUGAGAAAAUGGAGAAGACCUUUCCAUAUCGGCGGUUGGAGGUUGUCAACCAGAUGCCUGCUGUCCCAGAUGUCAUGGAGAGAUGGCCUGCCCUUUUCUACGAAUCUCAGGUGAAGGAGGAGUUCAAGAGGAUCACAACUAUCAACCUGGACCGAACCUUUUUGACUAAGAUGGAUUUCUACACUCCAAAACUCCUGACUGUUUUCAAGACAAAAAUAAAAAGUGUGUUGGAGUCACUCAAUCAGCAUUGA